GUUUUCCCCCUUAACUCCAACCAAUAAGUUAUUUCUAUCUGAAACCUCUCCAACCUCAGUCGCAGAAUAGGGCGGGGCAUAGACGUGCAUACGUAGAUGCCGCAUUCAGAGUAAGUCAACGUAGCCGCCAUUUUGGGAAGGGCACGGACUGGGAAGAACGAUGCCUAACUCUUGUUCUGCUUGUGGCUGCACUAAUCGCUGCAAUAUUCAAGCAAGAUCCCAGGGAAUUACUUUUCACAAGUUUCCCAAGGAUGAUGUGCUGAGGAAGCUUUGGGAAGUAGCCCUCAGAAGGGAAGGUUUCAAUGCAAGUCAGUCAUCCAGACUCUGCAGUGAACACUUCAGACAGGAGGACUUUGACAGGACAGGUCAAACUGUCAGGAUCAGAGAAGGAGCUGUUCCAUCUGUCUUUCCCAAUUUCCCAGCUCAUCUCCAAAGGCCAGUGGAAACCAGGAUGACACUGACCUCAAAGAAGGCUCAGGAGAGCACAUCCGUUAACUCCUCAAAACCCAUCCAAGAGACGGAGCCUCUGUCUGUGCCUUAUGUGCCCAAUGUUGACCACUUCUACGCACUGCCUACAUCUGCCUCUGAUCUGACAGCCAGACUCAAUCAAGCCUUGACUCGGAUAGAGAGUCUGGAAAGAGAGAUGAGGAACGCAAAGGAUCGAGAGCGGAGAGCAAAGAACACGCUGCAUGGUCUCGUGGAGUAUCUGAGGCAGAAGAACCUCUUAAAUGAGGAGCUAAAAGACUGGCUGGAUUUAUACUCGGGUAAAGUGAAAAGAAAAAAGACAUGAGACAGUCGGGGCUAACGCGGGUGUUAUGUAAUGUUAACAGGGUUCCAAUCCAGCAUUAAUACACGUCAGACGACACUGUCUUCUGGUCUGGUGCGAUAGACACGGCAUGUCAUGUUAGGUGAUUACAGAGCCAAAUAUUUGUGCUGUCACAGCUGAGAGGAGGAGGGGUUAAACCAUGGGGUGUGGCUACGUGACAUGUGUGAAGAAGAAUGUAAACAAACCAUGGCGUCUGAAGCUGUCUCUAUGACACUUGCUGUGUUAGGCUGCAAGAAUAGGAAACUGGUCGGACAACGUUAAACGUAUGAGAUUUUGUUGGUCGGCUCCAUUUUAUUUCAAGCAUUUACUUGAAAUGUUUUGGAAAGUGUUGAUCAAUCAUUAAAAAAAUAGAAAAGUGAAGUGUUGCAUGGCCCUGCAGAAGGCUGUAGUCGCCACUAGAGAGCAGUGUUGUACAAACAAUUUCACUGUGUUUUUUUUGUUUUGGACAGAUACACUGUACUGGCAUCAGCUGGAAUUCAUUACGCUGUUAAUGAUAACGACAUUUCCUCUGUAGUGCAGAACAUUUUAAAGUUGAACAUCAUAACUCAAAUUAAGAUAAGCUAAGCAGUCAGCCUACAUGUGUUUCAAUCACCAGCAGGGACUGAGUCUGAGGUUCUGUCAUAGUUUAGUCACAUAACUGUGAAAGUUUGAAACCAGAGUGGAAUCUUAUUGGG